AUUGCAACACAUGGUGCGCGGCGCGGGGGAGCGCGAGCACCGCGUGCGACGUCAGCUCCGCGCGCCGGGGGGAGCGGGCACCGAGCGGCGGGGCCCGAGCGGCACCGGCACCGCCCGGGACACACCCGGCCCCAGCGCCCCGCCCCGCGCCGCCCGCCCGCCCCGCGCCGCGCCCGCCGCAGCGCCUGCCGCCGCGGGAGGAGGAGGAGGAGGAGGAGGAGGGAGAAGAUGGCGGACGAUCCCAGCGCUGCCGACCGCAACGUGGAGAUCUGGAAGAUCAAGAAGCUCAUCAAGAGCCUGGAGGCGGCCCGCGGCAAUGGUACCAGCAUGAUCUCGUUGAUCAUUCCCCCCAAAGACCAGAUCUCACGAGUGGCAAAAAUGUUAGCGGACGAGUUUGGCACUGCCUCCAACAUAAAGUCAAGAGUGAACCGCCUUUCAGUUCUGGGAGCCAUUACAUCUGUACAGCAAAGACUGAAACUCUAUAACAAAGUACCUCCAAAUGGUCUGGUUGUUUACUGUGGAACAAUUGUGACAGAAGAAGGAAAAGAGAAGAAAGUCAACAUUGAUUUUGAACCUUUCAAACCAAUCAAUACGUCGUUGUACUUGUGUGACAACAAAUUCCACACGGAGGCCCUGACAGCGCUGCUCUCUGACGACAGCAAGUUUGGCUUUAUUGUAAUAGACGGGAGCGGGGCCCUCUUCGGAACGCUCCAAGGAAACACACGGGAAGUGCUGCACAAAUUCACUGUGGAUCUUCCAAAGAAGCACGGCAGAGGAGGCCAGUCUGCGCUGCGCUUCGCCCGCCUGCGCAUGGAGAAGAGGCACAACUACGUGCGCAAGGUGGCCGAGACGGCCGUGCAGCUCUUCAUCUCCGGGGACAAGGUCAACGUGGCCGGGCUCGUGCUGGCCGGCUCGGCCGACUUCAAAACCGAGCUCAGCCAGUCCGACAUGUUCGACCAGCGGUUGCAAUCCAAAGUGCUCAAACUAGUUGAUAUAUCAUAUGGAGGAGAAAAUGGCUUCAAUCAAGCAAUUGAGUUGUCAACUGAGGUCCUCUCCAAUGUGAAAUUCAUCCAAGAGAAGAAGCUAAUAGGACGAUACUUCGAUGAGAUCAGCCAGGACACAGGGAAGUACUGCUUUGGUGUGGAAGAUACACUAAAAGCUCUGGAAAUGGGAGCAGUAGAGAUCCUGAUAGUCUAUGAGAACCUGGAUAUCAUGAGAUAUGUCCUGCACUGCCAAGGCACGGAGGAGGAGAAGAUCCUGUAUUUGACACCAGAGCAAGAGAAGGAUAAAUCCCACUUCACAGACAAGGAGACUGGGCAGGAACAUGAACUCAUAGAAAGUAUGCCACUCCUGGAGUGGUUUGCAAACAACUACAAGAAAUUUGGAGCAACAUUGGAAAUUGUUACAGACAAAUCACAAGAAGGAUCCCAAUUUGUGAAAGGAUUUGGAGGAAUUGGAGGUAUCUUGCGGUACCGGGUGGAUUUCCAGGGCAUGGAAUACCAAGGAGGAGACGAUGAAUUUUUUGACCUUGAUGACUACUAGGUAGUCGAGCUGGGUCCACGUGCCUCGCCCCUCCAGCAUCCAACCCAAGGAGCAAACUCAUGGUGGAAAACACAACAGAUCCCUGCCUUAGAAUUGGAACAUUUCCAGAACUUGAUCCACGAGCAUUUGGAUUUAAGAAAGCAAAACCCUACACUGAUUUGUCAUAGUGUCAGUACAGCAGCAAACUACUAAGUUCCUAUAUGCCACUUUGGACUAAUUUAAAAAGAAUCCCAGUUUUUACUUUUACUCAAUGGUGAAAUUGGUUGCUCUUGUAUUUUAUGGAAAUGAUUUUUUUAACCUUCAUGAUACAUUAACUGCUGUAAACCUCUUCCUUCCAAAAUUAAUAGAAGUAAGAUCCUACUGGUUUGUUUCUUUAUACUUUGAUUGGAGAAAUCAAUUGCUGCAUUUGGCAGCGUGACCCAUUUACAUGGCAUUCUCAGCUUAGCCUGCAGAAGAAAUGGAACGAGGUUGGAGCCAUAAUUCUCUUCAAAAGCUUGAGGAGGCACUGACCUGAGUGCUGGUUCAUUUCAUGUGGCUUGCAAAUUCUGAUGGUUUGGGGAGGCUCACCAGCCAAACGUGCUUUAAUCUAUUUGCAGAAACACUGCUCUUACAAACUAGGAAAUGCACUUCAUGGAUUGCAAUGAAAAUGCUGCUGGAGUCUUGGGCUUAAUUUGGAUUUGAGCAGUGCAGCCUUCAGGAAUUUAUUUUUUUUCAGUCUUGACAAAAAUAAACAUGAGAUUUCAGUGAAGGUACACUUGGCUUUUUGUUCCUCAGUAAGUUUUUCUUUUUGCUUUAGGACUGCGUAAGGUUUCCUUGAUUAUGUGAAUUUGAGCCCACAGGUCUUUAAUGGAAGUGGGUGUUUGACAGGAAUACUGAGUCAGUGGAGUGAAGGCUGAGUUAGUGCUGGGAGUGUGGAAUGUUUGAUUCUGAUCUGUGGAGCUCUGGCACAGCCCUGGGAGCAGCCAGUUCCCAGCAGUGCCUGUGCUGUGGGGAUGUGCCCUUUGGGGGUAAAGGAUCCCCUCUGCCUGAUCCCAAACUGCCCAGGGAUCCCAGGCCUUGUGUCCUGCCUGUUCCAUGGAGCACCCUGACAUCAGGGAGCUCAUCCUGGGCUGUGGCCAGCCUGCUGUGACACUCUGGGGGUCAGGGGCUGUGUAGGCCAGGGGAGCAGGGACACCAGGGCAGCUCCUGUCCCAGGGGAGCAGUGACACAGCUCAGCUCCUGUCCCAGGGGAGCAGUGGCACUGCAGAGCUCAGCUCCUGUCCCAGGGGAGCAGGGACACUGCAGAGCUCAGCUCCUGUCCCAGGGGAGCAGGGACACCAGGGCAGCUCCUGUCCCAGGGGAGCAGUGACACAGCUCAGCUCCUGUCCCAGGGGAGCAGGGACACUGCAGAGCUCAGCUCCUGUCCCAGGGGAGCAGGGACACAGCUCCUCUCCUGUCCCAGGGGAGCAGGGACACAGCUCCUCUCCUGUCUUGUCCCAAGGGAACAGUGACACAGCUCAGCUUCUGUCCCAGGGGAGCAGUGACACUGCAGAGCUCAGCUCCUGUCCCAAGGGAACAGUGACACAGCUCAGCUCCUGUCCUGUCCCAAGGGAACAGUGACACUGCAGAGCUCAGCUCCUGUCCCAAGGGAACAGUGACACAGCCCAGCUCCUGCUCCCUCCCUGGGGCCCUCCCGGUGCUUCCCUCAGGAGCAGCUCCUGUUCCAGCUGCAAACCUUUGCCUCUUUUCCUGGUUCACUUGAACAGAGGGAGCUUCUCCUCAAAUUUCUGCCAUGCUGUUGUUUGAGGUCCAAAAUUGCUGUCCUUGUGAGCAAUACCAUUUGUCCCCUGGUCCCUGACCUGGCAGCAGCUCUGCUGCCAUCCUCACAUCCCAGCUGGAAUCUCUCCCUGGAGGUGGGGCUGGGUCUGCUCAGGGUUGAGCACAGCCCUGGCCCCCACAGCAGUAUGUUCUGGAUUUUGCCAUUGUAAAUGGGUCUAAUGUGACAUGACAAGACCACAAAAAUUGGAUGUAAAUUUACAUUUUUGAAUAUACUGCUUGUUGUUUCACAUGAUACAUUAGGGUAUGCAGCUCCUUUUUGUAGUUUUUAUUUUUACUAUUUAAGUUUGGAAAUGAUGCCAAAUUUUUGUAUUUCUUUAAUCAAUGUGUUCUCUUCAGUGAUAUAUAUUGCAUUAUAUAUUGAUGUGUAUAUCAAUAUAUACUGAUAUGUAUUACACUUACACAUGCAAACACACUCAGUGGGGGUGGGAGAUCCUAGCCUUUGCAUACUAUAUAGCCUCUGCAGAGAGAUCCCAAGCAGUGAUAUCUUGGUGUUGUGAUGUACAGAAAUGGAGAAGAGUAUUAAACCAUAUUUAAGAAUAUA